UCCUCAGCCCAUUGGCCAGUCCUCAUGAUAGACAUCCUUCAGACCAAUGGCAUUCUGCUCUGGAGGGCGCGUUUCCCACAACUGGCCUAUGAGAGUCGGCUCCGGCUCAGCCAAUAGGGUCAGGACAGGGGGCGUGGAGGGAAGUUUGAAACUCCAGGCUUUGGGAGUUGUUUCUCCAGCUGGUGUUCGCCCAGAGGUCGAGCUGGGGCCCGCCGGGCCCCGUCCCCAACCCUAGUGAAGAUGGGUUCUACUCAGAGCGUCUCAGGCACUCCAGCACGGCCUCUGCCACGCAACAAGCAUGUGGCUCGAGUAGCAGACCCUCGUUCACCUAGUGCUGGCAUCCAGCGCACUCCUAUUCAGGUGGAGAGCUCUCCACAGCCAAGCCUACCAGCAGAACAACUGAACAGUCUCAAACAGGCACAAGACCCAGAUCCCCGCUCUCCUACUCUUGGCAUUGCACGGACACCCAUGAAGAUCAGUGGUCCAGACCCUCAGUGCUCACUGGUGAAAGAGCUGAGCGAAGCGUUUGAGGCCGAAGCAUCGGAAUCGAUCUCCUCCCCAGAGCCUGCUCGGCCCCAGGAAACCCCUUUAACUUCUGAACUAGACCUGCCUUCGGAUCCUCAGUUAUCCCUGGAGGACCAGUUGCUGCCUUGGAGCCAGACUGAACUCGAUUGCAAACAGGUGUUUACCAAGGAGGAGGCCAAACAAUCCACAGAAACCGCAGUGGCCAGCCAGAACUCAGACAAGCCCUCCAGAGACCCAGACACUCCUCAGUCCUCAGGUUCCAAGCGCAGCAGGCGGAAAGCAAACAGCAGGGCUCUAGGGAGGUCCCCUCUCACCAUCCUGCAGGAUGACAACUCCCCUGGGACCUUGACACUGCGGCAGGGUAAGCGGCCUUCUGCCCUAAGUGAAAACGUUAAGGACCUAAAGGAAGGAGUCAUUCUUGGACCUGGAAGGUUUCUGAAAGCUGGAGGAGGAGCUCGGGAGCAAAGCCAGGACCAGGACAAGGAGAAUCAGCAUUUUGCUUUGAUGGAGAGCUAGGUCUGGGCUGGAUUCUUCCCUGAGGGCACGGAGGAAAGCCCUGUUCUCUCAUUCCUCUCAGGCUACCAACUCCGGUACUUGGACAUCAGUCUUUUAAAAUGUUUUGUGUGUUUCCUAUAUAUUAAAGUAGACGAUUUUAAAUAAUGCUUUAAGAAGUUAGACCAAAGCUGCACUGUGUCUUCUGUGUAUAGAAUGGCAGCCUGGGGGCCUAUGAGACUUGGAUAGACAUCUCUCCUGCCACUCUUGAGCCUCCCUUAUAUUGCUUAAGUUUUGAUGUUCCCCAAGGCUCUGCUCUUGGCCCUCCACUGCCCUUCCCCUCAUUUGGGUUUAGCUAUUACUUACCUGCUUGUAAUUUUCAGAUCCCUCUCUCUACAUAAACGCUCAAUGUUCGUUCCCCUAAAA